CAUGACGUAAUUCCGUACAUGUGACGGACUGACAUGGAAGCCCCCACGAGCAUAGCUAAAGUGUAAAGAACCGAGUGUACGCGUUGACCGGACCCAGGUUAUUGUAGUGUUGUGUCCGAGGUCUUUAGUUAUGAGGUCUUUGCUCCAGCUGGGGCACUCGUUUGCCCGCCUUCAUGUCCGUUUAUGUCACCAAAGUGUUUACAGCAGCCAUGCUAUCCAACGAAGACUGCGAGUGGACCUUGGGGACAAGAAACUUGAGAUCUCUUCAGGGAGGUUUGCUAAAUUUGCUGAUGGAUCUGCUAUAGUACAGCUGGGAGAGACCUCUGUGAUGGUGACUGCUGUGAGCAAAACCAAACCUUCUCCGUCUCAGUUCAUGCCUCUUGUGGUGGACUACAGACAGAAAGCAGCUGCUGCAGGUCGAAUCCCCACUAACCAUUUGAGGCGAGAGCUUGGCACCACUGACAAUGAGAUCCUCACCAGCAGACUCAUAGACAGAUCAAUUAGGCCACUGUUCCCUGCUGGUUACUUUUAUGAUACUCAGAUCCUUUGUAACCUGUUGGCAGUUGAUGGUGUCAAUGAUCCAGAUGUGCUGGCUAUUAAUGCAGCUUCCACUGCUCUGUCCCUGUCUGACAUCCCAUGGAAUGGACCCAUAGGUGCUGUGCGUGUGGGCAUGAUAGGUGGAGAGAUGCUGAUCAACCCCACUAGGGCACAGAUGGCCUCCAGUAGUCUUAACCUGAUUGUGGCUGGAGCCCCCUCCAGUCAAGUGGUGAUGAUUGAGGCGUCAGCUGAUAAUGUGCUGCAGCAGGACUUUUGCCAUGCAGUGAAGGUGGGAGUCAAAUACACCCAGCACAUCAUACUGGGCAUCCAGCAGCUGGCACGAGAGCAGAAGAUCACCAAGCGCAUCCCGAUCAAGGUCUUCUCCACUCCGGCUGAUAUGGUGCAACAUGUUCAGCACUUAGCUUCUGAGAAGAUCUAUGCUGUUUUCACUGAUUACACCCAUGAUAAGAUUUCAAGAGAUGAAGCUAUCAACAAAGUUCGACUAGAAGCUGAAGAGGGCCUAAGAGAAAGAUUCCCACAGGCUGAGCCCUUCGAAAUCAUUGAUUCCUUCAACACUGUGAGCAAAGAUGUCUUCCGCAAUUUAGUGCUUAAUGAAUAUAGGAGAUGUGACGGGAGGAAUUUGACUGCUUUAAGGGACAUCUCUUGCGAUGUUGACCUCUUUAAACCACUGCAUGGCUCAGCUCUGUUCCAGAGAGGACAAACACAGGUGCUGAGCAGUGUCACGUUUGAUUCCCUGGAAUCCAGUAUCAAAGCAGACAUUAUCACCACAGCUUUGAGCGGCAUCAAAGACAAAAACUUCAUGCUUCACUAUGAAUUCCCUCCAUAUGCAACCAAUGAGAUUGGAAAGAUGGGAGGCACCAACCGGAGAGAGCUUGGACAUGGGGCCUUGGCUGAGAAAGCUCUGAGACCAGUCAUUCCUACAAACUUCCCUUUCACUAUCAGGGUCACUUCUGAGGUGCUGGAGUCAAACGGAUCCUCCUCAAUGGCUUCAGCAUGUGGAGGCAGCCUUGCUCUAAUGGAUGCGGGUGUGCCCAUCUCCUCUGCUGUGGCAGGUGUAGCAGUCGGACUCAUCUCCAAGGCCUCCCCAGAGAAACCUGCUGAGAUCCAAGACUACAGAUUACUAACUGAUAUUCUGGGAAUAGAGGAUUACCUUGGAGACAUGGACUUCAAAUUAGCAGGAACAAACAAGGGCAUCACUGCUUUACAGGCUGACGUGAAGAUCCCAGGUUUGCCUCUGAAGGUGGUCAUGGAGGCUAUCCAACAGGCCACAGUGGCAAAGAGGGAAAUAUUGGCCAUCAUGAGCAAAUGUAUAGCAAAACCCAGAGAGACUAGGAAGGAGAAUGGACCUGUUGUUGAAAAUGUCCGGGUGCCUGUUUCCAAACGAGCACGCUUCGUUGGUCCAGGGGGCUAUAACCUCCGCAGGCUACAAGCUCAAACAGGUGUGACAAUUAGUCAGGUGGACGAGGAGACUUUCUCUGUGUUCGCUCCAACACCAGGAGCCAUGAGCGAAGCCCAAGACUUCAUCACUGACAUCUGCAAAGAUGAUCAAGAAAUGCAGCUGGAGUUUGGUGCCAUCUACACUGCCACCAUCACUGACAUAAGGGACAUUGGUGUGAUGGUGAAACUUUAUCCCAACAUGAGUGCUGUCCUGCUGCACAACUCACAACUCGACCACAAACGGAUCAAACAUCCAAGUGCGUUGGGUUUAGAAGUUGGACAGCAGAUACAGGUCAAAUACUUUGGACGGGACCCAACGGACGGCAGAAUGAGACUUUCAAGGAAGGUGCUCCAGACUCCUGUUGCAGGGGUUGUCAAGACGCUAAGUGAGAAACAGAGCAUCUCCAUGGAUUCAAGCAAAAACAGCCACACGACCAGCACCGAUUUGUGACACACCAACGCAACACUUCUGGCUUUUCCAUCAAAGUGGAUUUAAACUGAUCGUGUCACAAACUGAGCCAGUGCUCUGCAUAAAGAGGUGUACCCUGCUGUUAUGAGUAUGGACGAGAGUGAACUGUGUAGCUCAUCAAAUCCAGUGUCCUGCUGUCAUUGUGCUUCAGUGGAUGUGAACAAACUGAGAUGAACCAUUGGAUAAUAAUGAGCAGGAGACACAUUUCAAAACUUUUUAUUCCCUUUUUAUGGUGUCUUGUUUUCAGAUGUGCCACCUCAGCUAGCAUUGACAGCAUCAAGCAGUAAGAUGGUUUUCUUUCAGUUCUCGUCAACACUGUCAUGUAGUAGCCAACAAACACAGAGCAAUUUAACAAUGGUUAAAUGGUGGUGUGUGACUUCCAUAUUUGGUGUUCACAUGGUGGUGUGUCCUCUAAGCUGCCAGGACAAAGAUAUCAAUAUGUUUUGUUGAAUUGACACUAUAUUUGUCAUAUGUAAAUAAAACAGUCACUGGUUGCUGACAGAAAAAUUGUGACAAAUUGUACUCAUAGAAAAAAAGGUCACUCAAAUCAAAACAGUAUAGAAAAAAAUCAUACCAUAGUCAUACUAAAAGUAAAAUCAGGUUUUAGACUAUAAAACAGAGGUAACAAGAUAUGAGGCGGAAUAAAAAGCAAUGCAAUAGAACUGGAUAAUAAACUUAAACCCAAUGUGGCCCCUUUUAAUGACCAGGCAGUGAUUUAAGUUUUAGAUCCUCUUCGACCAAACCUGGAGCAUGCCUAGCCAUUUCACCACUGUAAUUGUAAGUAAAAAGGCUGUCUUUAUACAUAACUACUGUAAUUCUUGUCGGGCUGGCUUAAAUGUGGAUUUACACAGAAUUUCAAUACAAUAAAUUAAACUGUUAAUGUACACACUUCUGUUUAACUGACGCUGACCCAUGUUGUGAAUUGGAAAUUGUUUCCUGAUGACGACAAAGAACAGAGAGUGAUACUGCUAGGAGCAUUAUCAGUUUUAUAAGAAAUGAGCUGCGAAAGUACGGUACUUUAAACAGCACGAAGUGGGUUUUUUUCUAGGCUGCAGGACCUUUGUAAUGCUCAAUAUCUGUACUAAUAAACUGAGGUGGUGUUUGAAAUAA